AUGGCAAACUCUUUCUCUCAACAAACCAGAUUUGCGCAUGAUUCAUCACAGAUGCUUCAAACCAACCAGACACAGAAUGGGCAGCGCACAAAAGCCCAGACUUUACCCGAAGAAUCCCCACAUCUUUCAGACUGGGUUCCAUCUACAAAAUCACAACUUCAAGGUGGAUAUAUAACAUUGCCGGAAUAUCGUGCUAUUUCAAUUCGAGUGCUGCACUCAGAGCCUAAAAGGGUGGAGUCUUUCCUUGAGCAAUUUCGAGCAACCAAAGUGAUUGAAGAUGCUAAAAAUGAUGGCCAGAUUUUCAAGAGCUCAGACAUAAUCCGUGAUCACAUUAAUUGGUCUAUGAAGAAUGAUAAACACCAUUUAAGUGAUUAUGUUGAGCUUCUGGCUCACAACCCAGAGUACCAUAAUGAAAUGGAAAAAUUCAGAAGUUUUGUAUUGGAAGGAGGUGGAUUUAAUUACCAAGAUUUCACUGGUAGUUCAUGGGAUUAUAACUCAGUAAAAGAGAUUUUUCAACAAUGGAAGAUACUCAAAAGUCCUAAUUGGAAAGAUUCCCCAGAGACAAAAGGCAAAUUAAUGGAGCUUCAUAUGGGAAAAGACACCAGAUCACAAGGUCCCACAGGAAUGAAGAUUAUCACCCACUCUGGUCUGGUUCAGGAAACUGACACAAGCCUUCUGAGAUGGAUCCCAUCCACAAAAUCAGAACUUGAUAAUGGUUACAUGAAAUUGCGGGAAUAUUCUGCCAUCAUAAGAAGAUUGUUGGAAAUACCACGUGGAAAAAUGACUGAGUUUGUUGAUCACUUCAAGCAUGCUCUUGUUGGCUCAAUUUUGGGAGGGGAAUCCUCAAUAGAUGAAUUUGUAAAGAUAUAUGAGCUCAAGGAAGAUUUCACACAAUUUUUGUUGGAGGGAGGUGGAAAUGAUGUUGUGGACUUCUCUGGAGCAUCUUGGGACUACAGAGAUGUUCAAAAGACAUAUGAAGAUUGGAAGAAAUUCUGUAGGAGCAAUUGGAGGGAGCCACAAGACACAGACAAGAAAUUUAUGUCAUGGAAACAAUUUGAACAGCAUUCAGCCAGACUUUUUGGUUUGGAUGAUAAAUUGAUUCAAGAUAUGAAAAACUCUGAAUAUCUGCCACCUUUGAUCGUGGAAAAGAUGAAUUCAGGAAUGUCUUUGAAGGGAAUAGCAAAAGAAUUGGAGCAGGAAUUUCUAGAUAUCAGGAAAAGCUCAUCUGAUAUCCCAGUCCCUACAGCCACAAGUGAGAAAGUAUCUCUCAAACCAACAGGAAUGAAAACCCCACCAGUAUCCAAUAAAGAGCAAGAAAUUAGUCCCCCAAGGAAAUUAAGUUUCAUUUCAAGAUGGGUGAAAAAAAUUACUCAGGCUACAAAAACUGUUUGGCAAAAAUUGAUGAGCAUCUUCAAGGGAACUUCUAAAUAG